AUGUCGACAAUUUCUAAUGCAACCAGCGCUCCAUUUGGUGAAACACGCAUGAACAGUAUCAUAAAUCAAUUUAAUUUGAUCGAAUUACCAAAAGAAGGUGGAUUAUAUCAGAUUAUUGAUCGGUCUUCCAUAGAAGUAUCGCUUCCACAUCGUAUGCAACAUGAUUCUACUCUACGUGCUCAAAGUCACAUCUAUUAUAUGCUCACACGCCUACGACCAGAUCAACCACAGUUAGCAUACAAUUAUUUACAUUCAAUCGAUGAUGCAGAUGAUUUACAUAUCUUAGUCGAAGGCGAUAGUGUAGACUAUUAUCUGUUUUAUGAAGAUGGUCAUGUCGAACAUAAAAUUCUGGGUCAUAAUUAUACCGCUGGAGAGCUGCCAUUGGUAACAACUCCGGGUACGGUUGCAUCUAAAGCUUUGAAAUUACGUAGUGGAAACCAUGGAUAUGCAUUCAUAAUCAGUGCUCUCGCACCGGAAUGGACAGCGGAAAGAUGUAAAAUUGGUGCUGGACAAGUUUUUCUCGACAAGUAUACCGGAAAGGAAGAUUGGUGUACAAAAGAUUUUCUCAGAGAGUUAAUCGGACCUAAUUGGACGGAUGAUACUGCAGCUGAGAGUUGA